UUGUUGUUAUUUGUUUACAGGUGAUCGUAUUACUCCAUUGGUGUCCAAUCCUGGUAGGAUAAUGUUAACUUCUUCAAGGAUUUACUUUCAACCUUUCAACAAUGUUGAAGUGGACCCGGUGGUUAAGAUGGAGCUCUCCUCCCUCACUCAUGCCAUGAAGAGACGAUACAUGUUACGACAUGUGGGUCUGGAAUUAUUCUCCCGAGGGGGUCAGAGUAUAUUUCUGGUCCUCUCCUCCACAUCAAAGAGGAACAGUCUCUAUGAUAAGUUGGUGGGGGUGAAGGGUGUGUCCCUACAGGUUCCUGAUCUGACUGAUGCUACUCAGAAGUGGCAAACUGGAGAAAUAUCUAAUUAUGAUUACCUCAUGUUCCUUAACUUGUGAGUUAUUAAUAGUUAUUAAUAGU